AUGCCCAUUUGCGGAUCCUCGCACAUCCACAACGAGGCCGCAGAGAAGGCGCAUCUCUCGGCUGGCUCUCAAGUCGGGCCCUUCCAAGACUCGCGUCCCCAGUCUUCGCAGCCCACCAUCACGUCCGCCGUAGCUGCGGAUCCAACUCUACCGCCUUCGCAAGCCGCAAAGCACCUCUUCCCAAAGCCAUCAGCAGCAAAGCGCGGUGUCAUCCGCUUCAAGAUCAAAGAGCAACUCGAAGAAGGUCGCGGCAAGCAUUGGAAUUGGAACAAAGGCGCUGUCCAUGACGGCAAUCGCGAGCCAGAUGAUCAAGAGAUCGAACGCGUCCGUCAUCGCUUCGGCUACAAGCCCACCGACCAGGGCGGACCCUCGCGACUCUACCUCAUGGUGCUCGCCGACUGCCUCUUGCCAUUACCCCGCAAUCCCAUGUCUGGCGUCGUCUCGCCGCCUCUCCUCGCGACCACCGGUAUCGUGCCUCUCUCCAUCUUCUCCACAGGCCCAGACAUCAUCGGCCACUACUACGAUUGCAUCGUCGCAGCACGCAAAGAAGUCAUUCUCCUCACCAACUACUGGCAGGGUGGCAAGAACGUAGAUCGCAUCGCCGAGGCUCUGCGCGAACUUAACAACCGCGUUCAGAAGCGACGCAAGCUUCGAGCCCUGCAAGCCCGACGCAAAGGUCAGUCUGCCCCUACAACCAACCCAUCAGAUACCCCUCACCAAGAGAAAGCAGCACGACAGCAAGCCGACCUCCUCGAGCAUCAGGGCGCGCCAGGCUCGCACUCCCGUGCAGAGAAGGACCAAGAAAAGCCCAAUGGCGAUGCAGAUGCAGAAGAUAUCGAGCUCGGCCCUUGCGCCGCUGAAGAUCGCAUCGUCGUCAAGCUCAUGUGGGAUCGAGGUCCUCAGACCCUGGCCGACCUCUUCCGUCUGCGCAAGCCUGUUCCUCCCGGCAUGUGGAAAGCCAACGGCCUGCCCACCGAGAACGAGAUUCCCAACCUCACCAUGGAGAUUCUUAACUACCAUCGACCUUUGAUGGGCACCUUCCAUGCCAAGCUCCUCAUCGUCGAUCGCCAGGUCGCGCUCAUCAACUCCAACAACAUUCAGGAUCGACCCAACGUCGAAGCGUGCAUCCGUCUCGAGGGUGACAUUGUCAACUCGAUCUACGAUCACGCGCUCAUCAGCUGGGGCAACCGUCUCCAGCCUGCGCUUCCCUGCCUGACCGCCCCUGCCCCCGUGACGCCAUCGCCCGAGGCCUUCAUGACGGGCAACGACAGCACUCUGCCCUCGCUCACCACAGAAAAGCUUCAUCAGCUCGCCCGCAACGUCAGACAGCGUCUGCACGAAGAAGAUACCGCCACCGAGCUAGAGAAGGAACGCAGCACUCAGAGCCCCAUCGCCUUUCACUUUGGCGACGUCGUUGACCAGGUGAUGCGUCGCGACAGUUUCGGCGCCAAGGGCGCGGCUGCCACUGAGCAUCAUGUGGAUGGCGACAAGGCAGCUCGCAGUGCUGGUGCGGCGUGGGCGCAGAAGGUGCUCGGUGAGCGCUUCAGCCAGUUCCAGAGCAGCAGCAAUGCCAGCAAGCUCGACAGGUCAGAGUCUGAUCCGCUGCCUCAGACGGGACCAACACAGCCUGCUCAGCCUCCUCAUCAAAGGAAGCACUUUGCCGACCUCGUCGAGGCUCUCAUGAAGAAGGAAGGCCACAAGCCACCUGCGUGGGCCGAGGGCGCGCUCGAAGUAUUUGGUCUGGGGCAGAGUAGUUCCAAGAACGUCGCGCAGGAAGUGAGACGCAAUCCACGUCCCAGAGCAACCCUCGCAGCGGGGGCCAACGUGCCCACAGCAGUCGCAGAGGAGGAUCAGUCCAACUGGCGCAGGUCGGUUGAAGCCGAGGAAGAAAGCCUCGAUGACGCUCCAAGCCACACCGCGAUCGACGAGGGCUCCGCUAGUCCCAAAGCUCCCCCCAGCAGUGUCGGAAGCCAUGACCCCCUCUCUACGCAGAAGGAUACAAACGGUGCAGGCGAGGAUACCGCCACUCUCAAGGCCGCCGCGUCGUCUGAGGAGAGGUCAACAACCGCUCCUCCUGCGUUCAACACCGAGAUCUUCCCCACCAAGCAAGAUGGUGCCACCGAGGCAGCAGCCUCUGAGACCAAGUCGCCUAGCUCCAAGGAUGAUGAAGGAGUGCCCGGCUCGGUCGGAUAUCGACGCGUGCAUCGUCGCACUCUCUCCCAGAUCUCCAAGUCGUCCGCCGCCGAACGCCUCAGCGCCAUCACCAAGUCGCUCGACUUCGCCAACAACUCCAAGGUGCAAGGCGAGAUCAAAGCCGACCAGCUCGCCAGCGAGGUGCUCGCCGCCGCUCACAACGACGUGCUCGACUUCCAACCUUACACCUUCCACAAGCCACACGAGCCUGUGCCCAUGGCCCUCGUCAACCGACGUCCGCACGGCACGCCCGGCCACUCGGACAUUCGCAACCCGCAAGACGCUGCGUGGCUCGCCGGCUUCCGCUAUGCCAAGAAGCACGUCUUCAUCCAGUCGCCGACGCUCAAUGCGUCGCCCAUCAAGGCGGCUGUCCUUGCUGCGGUACGUCGGCACGUCAAAGUCGAGCUCUGGCUCGAUCUCGGCUUCAACGACAAAUCCGAAUCGAUGCCCUUCCAAGGUGGCACCAACGAGCAAGUCGUCACUGCGUUCUACCGUCAACUCCGACGGGAGGGCAAAGGCGACGAGAAGUACCUCGAGGUCUACUGGUAUACGGGCAAGGACAUGACGCGGCCGCUCAACGCCGUCCGUAAGCAGCGCAACUGCCACGUCAAGUUCGCCGCUUUCGACGGCCACGUCGCCGUGCUUGGCAGUGGCAACCAGGACACCCAGUCCUGGUUCCACUCGCAGGAGAUCAACGUCAUGGUCGACUCGAAGCAGAUUGUCGACGAGUGGAUGGCCGCCCUGUCCAGAAACCAGAGCACCAAGCAAUACGGAAUGGUCGAUCAGAGGGAUGGGAUUUGGAGAGGCAGAGAUGGAAAGGAGCUGGCGGAUACAGGCAAGGACCAGGCGAAGGACAAGUCCGGGGAGAGCUCGCCACCCGCCACUGCGGCGGCUACGUUCACCGGCCAGGCCAACGCCUAG